GGGCGGAGAAAAGAGGGAGAGGAAACUCAACCGAAAGGAAGGAGGUCCCACUUUUCAGCGAGCAAGUUAUGGAGAGAAAGUGAGAGAUUCUCUUUUAAGUCUCCAAGCAGCUCUACUUGGGAAGCGUAGCGGUUUGCUUUCGGGAUCACGAUAAACGGAAAGUGAACAGAGCUGCUCUGUGUUCAGAUCGAGGAGAGUUUCAGGAAGUUUUGAGAGUGAAAAGGAGACACUGCCGGGCAGUAGCGAGCGGAGGUGUGCUGCUUCGUGGAGGGGGAAAGCGGGGAAACAGAGACGGCUCUGUUGCGCGGAUUUUAAUGAAAUUCAGCAGCUGUCGGACACACGCCUGCAACCCCUGCCAACCCUGAGUUAGAUGCGUUUGACUUUAAGAUGCGGAGCGACCCCAUACUGUUCGCCUCGAGGGCGAUGGAGGAGUUGUUGGCAGAGUUACGAGUGUUUCUGGAGUUGUUGGACAGAGAGUAUUUGACUGCUGGAGUGAGAGAGAAGAAACAGCAAAUAUUAAACAUCCUGCACAGAGUUCUGGCCACUAGAGAACCCUCAUGUAAGACAGAGAUACACACAUCUCUCCCGGCCCCUCCCCAGAUGCCCCUACCAGAGAUUCCUCACCCCUGGAUGCCUCCAGACAAUGGGCCUCCUCCUUUACCGAGCUCCUCUCUUCCUGAGGGUUAUUAUGAGGAAGCGGUUCCACUGGGUCCUGGGAAAGCACCAGAGUACAUCACCUCUAAUUAUGACUCGGACGCCAUGAGCAGUUCGUAUGAGUCAUAUGAUGAGGAAGAGGAGGAUGGGAAGGGUCAGAAGAUGCGUCACCAGUGGCCAUCUGAGGAGGCCUCCAUGGAUUUGGUAAAAGAUGCACGUAUCUGCGCAUUCCUGUUGCGAAAGAAACGCUUUGGUCAGUGGACCAAACUUCUAUGUGUCAUAAAGGACAACAAACUGUUGUGCUACAAGUCCUCUAAAGACCAGACUCCACAGAUGGAGCUCCUUCUGUCCGGCUGCAGUAUCACACACAUCCCCAAAGAUGGCAAGAAAAAGAAGCAUGAACUGAAGAUCGUUCAUCAGGGAGCUGAUGCUCUAGUGCUUGCUGUACAGAGCAAAGAACAGGCCGAACAAUGGCUAAAGGUGAUGAAAGAAGUCUGCUCGAAUGGAAAUGGAGUGGUGGAUUGCGACGGAGCUGGCUCUGGAUCCACUGUUCACAAGGCAGAGCUGGAAAAGAAGCUGUCCUGCGAUCGGCCCAGUUCAGAUGGAGAGCCCUGCCAUGAAAACGGCAUCUCAGAUGGCAAAGAUCCAGCUAAAGGCAAGAAGAACUCUAAAUCAGAGCAGAAAGGCACUGUGGGACGUGUGACUGGAAAGAAAAUCACAAAAAUCAUCAGCCUAGGCAAGAAGAAACCAUCAACAGAUGAACAGACCUCAUCAGCGGAGGAAGAUGUCCCAACAUGUGGCUAUCUUAACGUGCUGUCCAACAACCGCUGGAGAGAGCGCUGGUGCCAGCUAAAAGACAACCAGCUGUUUCUGCACAAAGAUCGAGCCGAUCUGAAGACGCACAUGGCCUCUCUGCCGCUGCGGGGCUGUGAGGUCAUUCCAGGCCUGGACUCCAAACAUCCCUUCGCCUUCCGUCUACUGCGCAAUGGACAGGAGGUGGCUGUUCUGGAGGCCUCCUCCUCUGAGAGUAUGGGAAGGUGGUUGGGGGUCUUGCUGGCUGAGACGGGCUCCACAACAGAUCCCGCUGCACUCCACUACGAUUACAUUGACGUAGAGACCACUGCUAACGUCAUUCAGCUGGCAAAGCAGUCAUUUUGUUUCACCAGUAAGCGUGCAGUUUCUCCUAACCCAUACCUGGAUAAUCCGGUCAAUGGUUAUGCCUGUCCCACUGGGGUCGCUCUGCAUUAUGACGAUGUGCCCUGCAUCAAUGGAACGAUACCAGAUGCACACUACUCCUCCCCAGCUUCAGGGGGCCGCCGCUGGAAAGACGAAUCUCAUUAUGAAAAUACAGAUCUUUAUGAAAACAUGCCCUCCCCCAAACUAGCAGCUCGCUACUCUCCCAAGUCCACCCGCACAUCAUCUUCCUCGGGGCAUUACAGCACACCAAACUCCACCAAAUCUCUGUCUUCUUCCUCUGCUGCUAAUACUAACACUAACCAGAUGAAAGGGAAGAAAGGCUUGAUCACCAAUGGUUUCGGUGCAAAGAAGUUGGACAAGAAUCAACCCAAAAAGGCCAAUGGCAUUAGCAGCACUCUGCCAGUGAAGCGUAACAACUCCAGUGUAGAUCAGUAUAAGUACGGGAAAAACAGAGUGGAGGCAGAUGCCAAGAAACUCCAAGCCAAAGAGGAGGAGCUGAUGAGGAAGAAACAGGAAAUCCGAAACCGCCUGACCCAGCUGAAAAAAGACAGAAAGGACCUCCGCACUGCUUUAGAGAACAACACAGCUAAGCGUUCCCAGGCAUCUUUGACAGAGAGGCUUAAGAAAGUGGAGGAUGAGUGCAAACUGAAAGAGGAAGAGCGAGUCAGUCUGGAGCUGGAGUUGACGGAGGUCAAGGAGAGUCUGAAGAAAGCUCUGAAUGGUGGUGUCACCCUGGGCCUGACCAUUGAACCCAAAACAGGCAGCUCCAGCCCACAGUCUCCAGUAUUAAUGAGGCGAACGGUGGACAACUCGCCCAUUUCCAGCUGUAACACCAGUGACACGGAGACCUGCUCUCUGCCGGUCAACAGUGCGUCUCUGCUGCGCCGCCAGACACAACAGAAAGCCUCACCUGUGCGAGGUCACGUCCUCAGAAAAGCUAAGGAAUGGGAGAUGAAAUCUGGCACAUAAGUUCACUUUUCCACAACCUUUCACUUUUGUUGUAUCUAUUUAUUUAAUUUUGUCCAUAUAUGAGUGAUGUUGAAAUUGAAUUGACUGAACCAUAGACACAGUUUUCCAAAAAGAACUCUUGACUGAAUCCAGUUCCCAGUGCUGCUGUUUUGUUAUAAUCAUUAUAUCAUUGGACCAUGCUUUUACUAGAGCAAUUAAUUUACAUGCAUCAUUUCAUUUUAUUUAAAAUUCCUAAAAUAUGAGGAAAAAAACACUAAUAAUUUCUUACAAUUGGGUCAAGAGCAAUGCCACAAUACCAAGUUACGGUAGUAAAUACCCAUACACUUCUGUUCAAAAUUCAUAUUUUUAAGGUAAUUAAUAGUUGUUGAGCAAGAAUACAUUAAACUGUUCAAAAUUGGGAAUAAUAAUACAAAUAAUUAGGUAAAACUUUAGUUUUAGGACCAAUUCUCACUGCUAACUUUCAGCUUAUUUCAUAUCUGUUAAUAUAAAGGCUGUUUGUUUGUACAUAUAAAGUACAUCCCUAAUCCUAGCCAAUAACUAAACCAAACUAAGCAACACAGGCUCAUUCUGAAAACGUAGCAUUAUAAAUGUUUCUGGAGAUCACAAAUUAUGUAGCCAGAAGUACGCUGCAUGCUGUGCUGUUGUUAAGUAUGCUGUUUUUAGAAUGAACUAGACGGGGCGGUAUGAUGUCUUUUUUUCACGCUUACCAGCUGACCGCUUACCUCCGUAUGGCUAGUUUUCCUGCUGUUACCAGUUUGACCAGUUAGUUCACCAUGUAUGUCGGCGGACUGAUCUGAAAAUGUAGUAAAAAUCAGGCAAAAAGGUCAAUCAGUGCUUUUUAAAACACUAUUGGUGGGGUUUAGGGAAGGAGGAGGGUGGGUCAGUUGAUCGGUCAGUCAGUCAAUCAGUCAGUCGACAGCGGCUUUUGGUGGAUUUACGUUAGAACAGCAUGCACGAAUGACACUAGCAAGAGAAAUUUGAGAUCUGAAAAAGUGUACACAGCGCCCUCUAGUGGAUUUUUGAAAACAAAAACCGAAAAAACGUUGCUUCUGGGACGUAUUUUACAAUCUCCAGAAAUGUAUACAGCGAUAGGUUUUCAGAAUGAGCUUGGGUUGAAGCUACUACCAUAAUAACUAUUAAUAAGCAGCAAAUUAGGAGUUUAUUAAGGCAAAAAUCAUUGUUAAUGGUUUGUUAAUAUUGAGAAUUGUACCUUAAACAAUGAGUGUAGCAAAAAAAAAUUAUGUUACAAAAAAUAGACAUUAAAGAAUGUAGUAAUGACUGCUGAACAUUCAGCUUUGCCAUCACAGAUAAAUGAUAUAUUGACAAAUAUUUAAAUAGAAGUGAUCAAAUAUAAUAACAUAACAUAAUAUUACUGCUUUUAUAUUUGAGAUCAAAUAACUGUAACUUAUUAAAAAUACUCAUUUCAAAAUCAUAAUGACCUCAAAAAGUUCUAACAGCCAAUCAUGUGUUAGCACAAAACAUGGGACAUCUCAGAUGAUGCUCCAUAUCUCACAACCUAAAUAUAAAAUGCACAAAACCUCAGUGGUCUCGGAAAUCACUUAAAAGUCUAUAAAAGUCUGUUUCUUUCUUCAACAACAAGCCAUUAAUGGAAGACAAAAUCUCCCAAGUAUUUAUUUGUAAAUGUUUAAGUAAAUAUAAGCCUAUCUGUGUGUGUCUGUUAAUAUUUAGUAAUGCCUUUCGUUUGGCUUUACACUAGUUGUAGAGAGCAGCUUCGAGAUAAAUGUACAUGACAGAACGUGAUCAUUCAAAGCCUGUUCUUUAUAGAAAAAGUGUAAUCUGUAUGAAAGUAUUUUACCAGUCUCUCCUCCUCCUCCUCCUCCUCUGUGUCUGGCCCAUUAUUUUCAAUCCAGCGGUCUGGCCUUACUUUUGGCAAUGGUAACUGCAGCCCAUGGGGAACAGGGCAGCUCAGGCCAGGGUGUGUCCUCUGCUGGCUGACUGCUCUGGAAACUAGGCCCGAAAGUACAGCCACGCUUCCCCUUCAUCGGACACACUGCACAGAAAACACUGCAAAGACACACACUGACAGUUAAACAUGUACUGUAUGCUAUCAUGAAGAAGCGUGCAUAUGUGAACUUUCAUUAAGCUGUGCAGGUGUAGGAGCUGUAAGUAAUCUGUGUUACAUUUGGUUGAACAAAAAGAAUGUUUUAUUUGGGCAGAAGAGUGUAAUCCUGCUUUGUUUUGACCACUCAGAGUCCAGCCAACUCACGUACUGAAAAAUGGUGCUUUUAAGCGAUGCUUAAACCGUUUACUCCUAACUCAGCCUGAUUGUGGAGUUAUGGUGCUUAAUUCAGAUUGACUUUUGUAUUAAUGUUCAAGGCACAUUCAUAGCAUUUUGUUUAUUGUGCGGUGAAGCUUGACUUGUGAUUGUAGCUUCACAUUGUCAAGCUUCUCUACACGCAGGGUCUUGUGUAAAUAUAUUUCUCCUUUUCUACUUGGACCCGAAGGUAUUCAGAGCUUACUCUUUGUCUAGUGGUUUUGUAAAGGUCAGCACUGGAUGAAUAUUUGGUCUGAGCAUAUUUGUAAAAGAGAAGCCUCUUAGCGACUUAAAGGGAUAGUUCACCUCAAAAUGUAAAUUCUGUUUUGAUUUAUUAAUCCUUCUCUUGUUUUAAUUCUGAGAGGAUAAUUUGAAGAAUGUUGGAAACUAAUGAAGCCAUUGGCCUCCCUAGUUUUAGAUAGGAGCUAUGGAAUGUGGAUAAAUGGUGAGUACAUUUUCAUUUUUAAUCGAACUGUCCCUUUAAGUCAGCUCAAAGUAGAUGCUUUACUCGUUCUGCACAACUGCUUAUUCUUUGAUUACAAUGAUUCACUAAUUUGUCACAACAAAUGUAAAAUAAAACUUUGGUUAAGUCAGCUUUUGGUCUCACUUAGCAGAAAUAUGGAAUGUGAACUGUUUCGCUUUAAAUGUCAUUUUGCUUUGAGGGUGGGAGCAAGGACGCCUGUUUGUUUUGCACCUUAUAGAUAUUACUCAAGUUUUAUUUUGAUGAUGACUGUUGUUAACUUGACAACUAAAGGACUGUACAUAGAAAUAAUUAAACUGCUUUUAAAACAAA